GUAGGCGUGGCUGCUGGUUGGCUCUGGAGGUGCGAAGAGUCUCUUCGUGGAUUUCCGUAAACAGUGCCGAAGCUUGGUCUUCGGAUUCUAGGAGGUGCGCGCGUCCUCGGGGAUUACCUUCUUCGGUAGUUUCCGGAAUUCACCCAUAGUCUGGGCCGAGAGGAAAAGGCUCUUCCCCCUCCCGUUCCUACUUGUUUCGGAUGUUUCCGGCUCUUGCCGGCGGAAAGAGCCGAGGGCUGGCGGUGGUGGCGGCCAUGUUGGGAGCAGCAGGUCCGGCGGCGGCUGCCUGUGUGUCGGGCGCGGAGCAGUGCGGCUGAGGGCAGGGGAGGAGCGAGGCAGGCGGCCGGCUGCGGCGGUUGAGAGUAGGCGGAGCGGCGCGGCCCGGCCGAAAGGCGGCACAACCCAGCCGGGGGUCGGGGGGGUGCGGUCCGUAGCCGCUCGGAGCCGGCGAGGCCUAGCCCGAGCGGCGCAUCACCGGGCUGGCGUGAGCCAUCGCCCGGCCUCCCCGCACCCCCGGCCGGGGCCCAUGCAGCGGGUGCUCCUGCUGUGAGAAGCCCCGCCCGGCCGGGCUCCUAGCCUUCCCUUUCCUCCCUUCCUCCAAGCUUCUCCGUUCCCUCCCCUGAGAUACCGGCGCCAUGUCCAGCGCUCGGACCCCCCUACCCACGCUGAACGAAAGGGACACGGAGCAGCCCACCUUGGGACACCUUGAUUCCAAGCCCGGCAGUAAGUCCAACAUGCUUCGGGGCCGCAACUCAGCCACCUCUGCUGACGAGCAGCCCCAUAUUGGCAACUACCGGCUCCUUAAGACCAUUGGCAAGGGCAACUUUGCCAAGGUGAAGUUGGCCCGGCACAUCCUGACGGGGAAAGAGGUAGCUGUGAAGAUCAUUGACAAGACUCAGCUGAACUCCUCCAGCCUGCAGAAACUGUUCCGAGAAGUAAGAAUAAUGAAGGUUUUGAAUCAUCCCAACAUAGUUAAGUUAUUUGAAGUGAUCGAGACUGAGAAGACGCUCUACCUUGUCAUGGAGUAUGCCAGUGGCGGAGAGGUGUUUGAUUACCUAGUGGCCCAUGGCAGGAUGAAAGAAAAAGAAGCUCGAGCCAAAUUCCGCCAGAUAGUGUCUGCUGUGCAGUACUGUCACCAGAAGUUUAUUGUUCAUAGAGAUCUAAAGGCAGAAAACCUGCUCCUGGAUGCUGAUAUGAACAUCAAGAUUGCAGACUUUGGCUUUAGCAACGAAUUCACCUUUGGGAACAAGCUGGAUACUUUCUGUGGCAGUCCUCCUUAUGCUGCCCCAGAACUCUUCCAGGGCAAAAAGUAUGAUGGCCCCGAGGUGGAUGUCUGGAGCCUGGGAGUCAUUCUCUAUACACUGGUCAGCGGAUCCCUGCCUUUUGAUGGACAGAACCUCAAGGAGCUACGGGAGCGGGUACUGAGGGGGAAAUACCGUAUUCCGUUCUACAUGUCCACGGACUGUGAAAAUCUGCUUAAGAAAUUUCUCAUACUUAAUCCUAGUAAGAGAGGCACUUUAGAGCAAAUUAUGAAAGAUCGGUGGAUGAACGUGGGGCAUGAGGACGAUGAGCUAAAGCCUUAUGUGGAACCACUCCCUGACUACAAGGACCCCCGGCGGACAGAUUUGAUGGUGUCAAUGGGUUACACUCGGGAAGAGAUCCAGGACUCGCUGGUAGGCCAGAGGUACAACGAAGUGAUGGCUACCUAUCUGCUCCUUGGCUACAAGAGCUCUGAGCUGGAAGGUGAUACCAUCACUUUGAAGCCCAGGCCUUCAGCCGAUCUAAGUAACAGCAGUGCCCCAUCUCCAUCCCACAAGGUUCAACGCAGCGUCUCUGCCAACCCCAAGCAACGACGCUCCAGUGACCAGGCCGUCCCUGCCAUUCCCACCUCAAAUUCCUACUCUAAGAAGACUCAGAGUAACAACGCAGAAAAUAAGCGGCCUGAGGAAGAGACGGGGCGGAAAGCCUGCAGCACCGCCAAAGUGCCUGCCAGCCCUCUGCCUGGCCUGGACAGGAAGAAGACCACUCCUGCCCCAUCCACAAACAGCGUCCUCUCCACCAGCACAAACCGAAGCAGGAACUCCCCACUUUUGGACAGGGCCAGCCUUGGGCAGGCCUCCAUCCAGAAUGGUAAAGACAGCCUAACCAUGCCAGGGUCCCGGGCCUCCACGGCUUCUGCUUCUGCCGCAGUCUCUGCGGCCCGGCCCCGCCAGCACCAGAAAUCCAUGUCUGCCUCCGUACACCCCAACAAGGCCUCUGGGUUGCCCCCCACGGAGAGUAACUGUGAGGUGCCUCGGCCCAGCACAGCCCCCCAGCGUGUCCCUGUUGCCUCCCCCUCCGCCCACAACAUCAGCAGCAGUAGUGGAGCCCCAGACCGAACUAAUUUCCCACGGGGUGUGUCCAGUCGAAGCACCUUCCACGCUGGGCAGCUCCGACAGGUGCGGGACCAGCAGAAUCUGCCCUACGGUGUGACCCCAGCCUCUCCCUCUGGCCAUAGCCAGGGCCGGCGGGGGGCCUCUGGCAGCAUCUUCAGCAAGUUCACCUCCAAGUUUGUCCGCAGGAACCUGAAUGAACCUGAAAGCAAAGACCGAGUGGAGACGCUCAGACCUCACGUGGUAGGUGGUGGAGGCACUGACAAGGAAAAGGAAGACUUUCGGGAGGCCAAGCCCCGUUCCCUGCGCUUCACAUGGAGCAUGAAGACCACGAGCUCUAUGGAGCCCAAUGAGAUGAUGCGGGAGAUCCGCAAGGUGCUGGACGCCAACAGCUGCCAAAGCGAGCUGCACGAGCGCUACAUGCUGCUGUGUGUGCACGGCACACCAGGCCACGAGAACUUUGUGCAGUGGGAGAUGGAGGUGUGCAAACUGCCCCGGCUGUCUCUCAACGGUGUUCGGUUUAAGCGGAUAUCGGGCACUUCCAUGGCCUUCAAAAACAUUGCCUCCAAAAUAGCCAAUGAGCUGAAGCUUUAACAGGCUGUCAGGAGGGGCAGCAGAGGCCCACCAGUGGACUUGGCUGCUUGGGCCAAACCUGCAUCCCCCGGGAGAAACUGCAGGAUGAAUUGGUGUGUCUCCCCUGCUGGCACUUGUCCCCUUCCAGGCCCUUCUCAGUUUUUUCUUCCAUGUUUGUGGGGGAUGGGAAGUGGUUCUUCCCCCUCCCACAUUCAUCCCGCCCAGAAGUCCCUCUCUCCCCCUCUCCCCCUACAGGAGGCAAAGGAAGGGGAGGGGGUUGGGGGGGCAGGGCUCCCCCUCGGUACUGCGGUUGCACAGAGUAUUUCGCCUAAACCAAGAAAAUUUUUAUUACCAAAAAGAAAAAAAAGAAAAAAAAAAAUCCCAGCGGCCACCUUUCCUCCCUGCCCCAUUGGGACAGUCAAGACUGGAUCUGUGGGGUUCCUGGGAGGGUGGCUCAGGGCUGGAACACUCUCAGGCAAGAGUGGUGGAGUUCCCUGGCAGGCCCUCCGCCAGGCCCACUUUGGGCUUCUCCCCUCUCCCCACUUCUUUCCCCUCCAAGCGACCCACCAGAGGUGGCCUUCCCCUGCCCCCAGGCCCUUGGGCUACAGGCCUUUACACUGGGGCCCAGUGGGGGUACUGCACAGCCCUGGAGAGGGUGGGUGGUGGGACCCUGGCUCCCUCCCUCCAUACCAUACCCUCUGCCCUCCUUCCUCAGAGCUGGGCAUUUCCUUCCAUGAGCUGCUGUGGGGAUGUUCGUUCCCCUUCUCAGAAGUCUGUGCCAUCUUCUCCACCUCUCCAGGUGGAAGGCGGGGCUGACCCCAGUACUGGUAGAGGGGAGGGGAAUGGGCCAUGGGCUCUCAGCCCCCAGGGGGCCGCUUGGGAACAAGGACACAAGCUUCUCCGUUCUGGGAGUCUUUGUCUGAAAGCACAGCCCCUCACCAUCCCCCUACUGCUUCCCCUUCCUUGGCAUUAAUCUGGGCACCGUUCUCAUCUCUCAGCCUUGCCUUUUCUUCCUGGCAUUGCCGCCCCUCCUCUCAGGAGACUGUCCAGGGCCUCCAUGGCUGCCUGGCGGAAGGCUGGAUUGGGCGGCAGGGCCAGGAGCCUCUUCUCCACAGGGUGGGGCAAAGUAACUCCUGCUUGCUCACCUCCGAGGCCAGUGUGUGAAUGGGUGACUGUAGGCGCUUGGCUGGUGGUGGCCACUGCAUCCCUUAAUUUAUUUCUCUGCUGUUUCAGUCCUUGAGAAAUUGGGGGGAGUCAGUCCUACAGAGGCUGCCCCCUGCUCUCACCUGAGUUGUACAUUUUUUUUUUGUGAUGGGUUAUUUUUUAUUAUUAUUAUUGGGUUGUUUUUUGUUUUGAUUUUUUUUUUUUUUUUUUUUUUUUUUUUUUUGGAUUUAUGAUGACUCCACUCUUGGCCCCAAUUGUUGUCCUGUCACUCCCUGCCCUGUCCAUCACCCUGGCUCCCAGGCCAGGCCAGGCUCAGCAACAUGUUGAGUCUUGGGUUCCAGGAAUUAAACCUUGCCAACCUCAACCCUCCAGCCCCAUGCUCCACUGGCUAUGGCUCAGACCAAGGGCUCCUCCUCUCCCUCUUGCCCUGUGGAACAGCCCGGGUGCUCCAAGGGGGCCAGGAGGGCAUGGCUUGGCCCCCAAGAUAAGGGGUGGGGGCCAGGACACCCAGGCAAGGUGGCCCCUUCCUGCCUAGCCCCCUCUUCCCCCACCCUGCACUUAGUUUCUCCUCUGGAUCAAACACGUAAUAAAGAGAAUGUUUGGAAUCUGA